AUGGUGUUGCAAAAAAUGAGGGAGCAAGGAUGGGAUACUCUCUUAAACAAGGUAACUUCAUUUUGUGCUAAACAUGGUAUUGUUGUUCUCACUAUGGAUUCUCCUUAUGUUCCUCAAGGGAGAUCAAGACGUUUUGUUGAAGAAGCAACAAAUCAACAUCAUUUUCGGGUUGGAAUUUUUUUAAGAGUGAUUGAUUUGCAUCUUCAAGAACUUGAUGAUCGAUUUAAUGAGAGGAAUAUAGAGAUACUAAUAUGUUUGGCUUGUUUAAGUCCUAAAGAUAACUUCUCAUCCUUUGAUAAAGAUAAGGUACUUAAACUUGCCUCUUUUUAUCCCGAAGAAUUUUCAAGCUUUGAUUUGAUGACUCUUGAAUGUCAACUUGAUAUAUUCAUGGAGAACAUGCUAAAUGAUGAAAGAUUUCAAGGUGUAAAUGACCUUAAUUCUCUUUCUAUGAUGCUUUUUAAAACCAAUAAGCAUAAGAAUUUUCCUCUUAUUCAUUUGCUUAUCAAGUUGAUGUUGAUUCUUCCCGUUGCCACGGCAAGUGUUGAAAGAGUGUUUUCCGCAAUGACAUGUGUCAAAAAUAAGUUGCGAAAUAGCAUGGGUGAUCAACUUAUGAAUGAUUGUUUGGUCACUUUUAUUGAGAAGGAUGUCUUCUUACGAGUUGCUGAUGAAAAAAUUGUUGAUCGCUUCCAAAAUAUGAAGACUCGAAGAAUGAAAGUGUAA